CUAGUGUACAUAACGCUGGAACGACGCUUCACCCGACGCAUUAACCGGUACGAUAGCUCCUUUACAAUUAUUGCGAUUAGUUACGUGAAUGACCCCGAAGGGCAUAUGGUGAAACGAGCGGGGGUAACCGGAGGAUCGGGGGAUUUGGAAGAGGGUGAACAGAACACGGGAAAUCACGACACGUUGGUCUAAUUGAGGCCAGAUAAGGACCACCGACCGUACGUUUAACGUUGAUGGUUGCGUUUACUGACUCACACAUUCCACUUCUUCUCGAAUCUUGUCAGUGGAGAGGAUAGCAGUCGAACAAGCGACAAUGGUAGAGUGGGCAAAAACGAAAGGACGGGAACAGGUAAGCACCACGUGUUGUCGUGGAUGUUUACACACUGAAACCCGGGAGACGAUACAGAAGCGAAGAAAAGGCGUCAGGCUCGGGGGUGCAGAACAAAUAAUUUUAAUUGAAGGGACAUGGCGGUGAUUGUUGAGAAUCUGUCAACAAAUGUUGGUGCCAAUUUUGCGGAAUUUUUAUCGGGAUGAGAAAUAACAACAAUCAAAGGUAUAAAACUGGUAGAAGUCAUUUCACAAUUGAAAAUAAAAUUCAAUGUUUACGACACUCUUUUCUCUUUAUCAUUAACAGACCGUUAUUUGUGUUCAUAAAUAAAUUGCUUUUCCACAGCUCAGAAACACCACUAAACUAUUAACUUUACGUUCCAUAAAAUAACGUACUAAUCGCAUAAUUUAUCCAGAAUCCAUACAUCACGUACAGGAUUCUGUACGUGCCUCUACAAGCCAUUGCAACUCUACGACUUUGAGGUAUAAACUGCACGGAUACUCCCAGCAAUACACAGAAGCAUAUUCUCGACUGAGUGGUGUGUGAUAGGGUUUGUGGGAGAGAGUGAGACAGUGGUUAUGUGGAAAUAGCUUCGUUUAUGCACUGAGAUGGGGUUGGGUGAGAAGCUUGCCACUGGCUUUGGUAGGCCAUCCUCAGGAUAAGCGAGGGGCAAAGGACGAAGGAUUGUAGAACAGUCGUUGUAGUGCACUGGUGGCUUCAUAGCCAGAAUUGAGCUGCUACUCACCUAACUGACGUAAUCAAGUGGUCGCCUGUGGAGUACAACAGGAUACAGCAAACUGGCCACUCAUAUACUACUGUUUCACCCUGUACCUGAGACCAAGUUGUGCCGCAGGGAGACGAUUUGAUGAUCUCUGGAGAUAUUAUGGGAAAUGGGGUGUGGGGGCAUUUUUCCUGGGGGACAAGAGAGGUUUUGUUCUUAGGAUCGAAACCAAGAUGGCUCUGGGAUGCCAGACCAUGUGGAUCUGGUGCCAGGACCAUCAGAGCUGUCUCAUGAACAGGAGUGAGGUGUCAGGACGAGAUGGCGAUCGAGGCGAUGUGCCUAGCAACACUGACAAGAGCACAACUAGCAUCCUCCACCGAUUGUUUAUUACAAUCGACUAUUUGAAUGACGACAGCGUCAUGUGGGCGGAACAAGGGAGAAAAAAGUGGGAACGGGAAAUGGAGAAGAUUGUGAAUGAGAUGAAUGAAAAAGAAAAAAAAAAGUGCAAAAGAUUGUGAUUAAAAUAACCCCGCACAACCACACCAAAGUUGAUUUCAGUAAAUUUUGUAGUGAAAUAAAUUUAAUGUCAUCAGUGAUAAAAUUUUAAUUUCAAUGGUUACGGGAAUUUCUCGCGAGUGAAAUGUGGUUUGAGUAAUUAUUUUGGUUAUUAGUGAGGAAAGUUGUGGACGAAUGAAAGUCAGUGAUUCAGUGAAAAGUGAAAGAGAUAAAUUCCAGUUACGGUGAAUUGUGAUGUGACAGUGAAUUCUUCAGAUGCGAGGGACGGAAUUGAUAAUUCUCCGAGGUAUAAGAUGAGAGGUGGCAUCGACUCACAAGCAAGAUGGCCUAGUGUACACGUUGUGCAGCCGACAGAGACGAUCAGAGCAAGUGUUAAUUACAUGUUUGCGGUGUCCGCGAGGAUUACACGCUACAACCGAAACUAUGGUACUACAGUACAGCCAUUGCCAUUGCCACCCCUGAGUUUCACCGCAGGUGCACUCGAACCACUGGGGGCAUUCUGUCUGACUGACUGUCUGUCUCAUUGCCUCGGUCACUCGGUGUUUACUGUUACUACUGGAUAAAUUGCGUACUAAUGCAUCUAUGGAUUUGAUAACGUUUGUGUAAGAAGGGGGAAUGAGG